AUGGAUCAAAAUGUUGAUUCUAAUCCCACUGAUAACAGCUCAACUUCAUCUCAUACUGUUAGUGCACUUUGGACAAGAUUAAUUUCUACUGAAUUAGAGUAUGUACGAAACAAUUCAGAGUUAUGCACCAAAAUACUGAAUAAGCAAGUUGUUAAUUCAAGUAAAAUUAAAAGCCUGGCCUUGAAAGCCAACUCUACAAAUUCAUCAGCUUCAUUUUACUAUCGAAUUGUUGAUUAUAUUGAUCGAAAUGCAACAAAUGAUCUUCGUCGAAUAACUUCAUUUAUAAAUGAACUUGGAUCUGGAAAUGUAUGUAUGAAAAGUACUAAGAAAGCUCAACAUUAUAGGGAAUUAGGAAAUGCUUUAUUCAAACAGGGGAAUCUGAAUGCUUCAGCUACUGCCUAUCGGACAGGUUUACUUUACGCACCCAAUGCAUAUUUCAUGCCAUCUAGUCAAGACAGUCUUGAGGAAUUUUGUAUGGAAGGAGCGUUAUUACAUGGAAAUCUGUCUGCUAUACUAGCCGUCCAACAGUUAUGGUCCUCUUGUUUAGAAGAGAUACUUACAGCACUGGAAUUACACUUGGUGAAUAUCACAAGCAUUAAAAAUUGUGGCAACAAAUCACUGAUUCUUCGUUUAAAAACACGUUUAGACAAGUGUUGCAAACAGUUAAAUCUACCUCCACUUAUUGAAUGGGAUCAUAAUCUUACAUUAAGUAAAUUAUUGGAAAUUCACCACUCUCUCAUUGUUACAUUCAUUGAUAAAAAUAAGAAAGAUGUAAAGACAAUAGAUAUUCCGAAGCCGAAAUACAAUCAUAAUUCAACGUAUUACGGUUUAUCGAAUGGUGUACGUGUUGAUACGAAUUGCGUGAAAGGUAGACAUGUUGUUGCUACACAACCGUUUGAACCAGGUGAUAUUAUAGCUGUUGAACCUGCGGGUGGAUGGAUUACAACUAUAAAUACCCAGUCUCAUGGUACUAAUGAUGAUGACAAUAAUAAUUUUAAGUACCUACUACUUCUACCAUCACAACGUAUGAAUCAAUGCUCAAAGUGUUUUAAUCAACUGAACUCUGUGGGUUUUGUAUGUCCAUAUUGUUGUGAUGCUGCCUAUUGUGAACUUUCAAGAGACUGUAGUUCUCAGUGUAAAAAAAUUAAAAAUUCUUUACAUCUAUUUCAAGAUUUCCAGCAACCUGCUUUGCAUAUGGUAGAAUGUCGGUUUAUGUUCCUUUUGAAUUCUAUUGGAUUGGGACAUUUGUGUUUUCGUCUUGCAUGGCUUCGUCAGCAUUAUCCUCAUUCACACCAGGAUUCUUAUCUUACUACUGAUCAGUUAGUUGAACAUUUCAUGGAAUUUCCUGUUGAAGAUUUAUUUGAAUAUGCACUAACAGGUUGGUUGAUAUCAAAAAUUCUCAAUUACAAUCAUAAAACCAAUUUAAAGUUGGUAGAAAAAGAAAAUGAAAUGAUUCAAGGUCUUUGGUGUUUUGACACUUUGAGACGUCUUCAGUGUAAUGCACACGCUGUGACUGAAAUCCAAGCCUACUAUCCUGAUCUUGAAGCAUGGCUACCUAAUCAGUUGAAUGUGUCAAUUGAUCUUAAAGUGGUUUAUCCAUUUAUUCGACGACUACGACAGGCUAGAAUUGCAACAGGCUUAUUCCCAUGUGUUAGUUUGCUGAAUCAUUCUUGUGAUCCUAAUAUUAUUCAUAAUUUUCAGAAUUCACUAAUAAUCUUACGUUGUUUAAAACCAAUUACUCCUGGAUCUGAGAUAUUUAACUGCUAUGGACCGCAUUAUUUACACUAUCCAUCAGCUUCCCAGAGGCUUACACUACUUCAACAGCAAUACUUCUUUAUAUGUAGCUGUGAAUAUUGUACUAAAUCUGCUUCAUGUUCCCUAUCGUUAAAUCAAUCUUCCAUCACUCCCACAGAAGAAAUGUCAACUAAGUGGAAAAAUGCCGUUGAUCAACUACUAUUAUUGCCUUGGAGUCCUAUUCAAUCACUGGACAAAUUAAAAAAUGCAAUCCACUCUGUACAACAAGCCGCUUCUUCAGAAAAAUGUUUAAAUGAUGAUGAUGAUGAUAAACAACAGUCAAAAUGGCUAUUUAGGCAGAAUGCUGGAUUCUGGUGUUUAAAAUCAUCAGUUCAAUGGGUUCAAUCGCAUUUCGGUACAGUUAGUUGUGAAUAUCUAUGGGAAUUGAUAAAUUUACUAAAUCUAUCCAUAAAUUAUUUUGAUGAAUUCAAUGUAAUUCAACUAAAUUUACCUAAAGAAUUUACAAUAUUGGAUCAGUUUUUAGGAAAAGAAAUUGAUUUUUCCGUUUUAAAUAAUAAUGAUUCUAUUCUUUCUGAGAUAAACAGACUGUCUACCAUAUUAUACGGAGUUGAUAAAGGUCAACUGAUUAUUGAACAGUUUGUACAAAAGCAAUAA